AUGAAGACUUCUACCUUCUGCGCCCUCGUUCUGGCCAUCGUGCCCCUUGCCGCUGCUUGCUGCAAGCAGGACAAGCUCACUUCAUGUUGCGGCAAGGGCAAAUGCAACAUCUUUUGCUGCAAUUGCAAAGGCGGCUGCAAGUCUAAGGAGGAUUGCAAGGGCAUGGACCUUCCUAUUUGUUGGGGCGUCGGCUCCCCGACCAGGCCUGUGGUCAUUUGCACGAAGGAUAGCAAGACCGGCGUGCUGAGAGACGCGUCCGACGAGACCACCUUGACAGCAGACUUCUUUGAGAACAUGGACGCCGACACCGAGGCAGCCGGGCUUGCCAGCCUCACUGCCGCCGGCUUUUCGGGCCCCGAGGGCGACGAGAGGAUCUUCUCCGAGGUUGACAAGGAUGGCAAGGGCCACUUCACUUAUGAAGAGUUUCUGACCUUUGUCGGCGCCAAGGACGACGAGGAGUACCAGGCGUACUUUGCAAAGUCAGUGACGAGCAUCUCCCUUCUCUUCCCUUUCCUUCUACAUGCCGAUACUAACCUCUUUCUCUAUCUUCGCAGGUUUGACCGAAACUCCGAUGGAGUCAUCACGGUCGACGAGAUGCGCGAACCCGUCGACGAUGCGGACAGUCCCGUACAGCAGGGCCCUCGGCAGAGCGGUCGCCCUCACCAAGAGCUGUAG